AGGCCACACGCAUUACAACGUCAGCUACUACGUGCGGAGGGCAAAGGUCAAAUCAGUAAUGAAGAUUCCGCCACCGUAGCAGUCUCACUCACUGUCGCACUUGUUUAUUUUUUUUUAAGGGGGACUUACAGAAGCGGGCGAGCAGCACCAGAAUCAAACUGGAAGAAGUCAUGGCACGUCUGGUAGCAAUUUGCAGAGAAGGGGAAGAGGACUACCCAUUUCUCGCCAGACAGAUUCCCCUGUAUAUCGAUGAUACACUCACGAUGGUGAUGGAAUUUUCUGAUAGUGUCAUGGAUGUUGACAGCCACGAAAUAAACACCUCUCAUUGGAAACAAUUUUCGUUGUAUCACUCCAAGUUGAAGCAACAGGACUUGAAUAUCGCCCUGAUGGUGACAUCCAGAGAGGUGUACAGUGCAUUAUCUCAGCUGGUGCCAUGUGUGGGCUGCAGACGAAGUGUGGAGCGCCUCUUCUCACAUUUAGUAGAAUCUGGGAACCCGGCCCUGGAGCCCCUCACAGUGAAACCCACGGGCAUGCUCUCUGUCACCAAGGCCUGUUUAGCAGACGUAAAGAAGCUCUACACCCUCUUCUACAUCCAUGGGUCAAAGUUGAAUGACAUGAUUGACGCCAUUCCAAAAAGUAAAAAGAACAAACGCUGCCAGUUACACUCCUUAGACACACACAAACCUAAACCUUUGGGGGGAAGCUGGAUGGAUGUGUGGGAGCUGAUGUCUCAGGAGUGCAGGGAUGAGGUGGUCCUCAUUGAUAGUGCUUGUCUCUUAGAGACGCUGGAGACCUACUUGCGUAAACACAGGUUUUGCACUGACUGUAAGAAUAAAGUGCUGAGGGCAUACAACAUCCUGGUGGGGGAGUUGGACUGCAGUAAAGAGAAGGGGUAUUGCGCUGCGUUGUAUGAGGGACUAUGCUGUUGCCCCCACGAACGCCACAUCCAUGUGUGCUGCGAGACUGACUUCAUCGCUCACCUCCUUGGCCGGGCAGAGCCUGAGUUUGCAGGAGGCUAUGAACGCAGAGAGAGACAUGCCAAGACCAUUGACAUUGCACAAGAAGAAGUCCUGACCUGUCUGGGUAUUCACCUCUAUGAGCGGCUGCACAGGAUCUGGCAAAAACUACGAGCAGAGGAGCAGACCUGGCAGAUGUUGUUCCACUUGGGAAUUGAUGCGCUACGCAAAAGUUUUGAGAUGGCAGUGGAGAAGAUGCAGGGGAUCAGCCGGCUAGAGCAGUUUGUCGAGGAGCUGUCUGAGGAGGAAAGGGCCAAAGAGCUGAAGCAAGAGAAAAAGAGGCAAAAGCGAAAAAAUCGACGCAAAAACAAGUGUGGCUUUGAAAUAUCUGAACAGGAGGCAGAGGACAAGGAGAAAAAUCUGGACGAGGGUUCUCUUGAGUCUGUGGAGGGCACUUGCAAGGGCUGUGGUAGCCACGAUGAAGAGGAGGCCGGAUGUGAUGAGAGCGUCGCCACCAAUGGAAGCACUUCCUGUAGCUGCCCAGACAACACCAAACAGGAUUUGUCCCCACACAGCAAUGGUAGUGACUGCGGCUACUCCUCAAGUAUCGAGGGCAGUGAGACAGGAUCGCGAGAAGGUUCUGAUAUUGCCUGUUCUGAGGGAAUAUGCAACCAUGACGAAGCAGGAGAUGACUCAAACGCCCAUCACUGUGCUGAAGACAAAGAGGAGGAUGGAAUAGACAGUUGUGUGGACUGCUGGCCACACUCUGAGGAAAACACUCAAUGCAAGAGUAAAAAGAAGAAAAGGAAGGGCAAGGGUUUAUGCAACAAUCAGGGACAACAAGGUGAAGGUUGUAUGUCAGAUGGGAACACAACAGGCCACAAUCCACCACCAUUGCACACCUGCCGAACCAAAGAAAUCUUUUCCUUAUGUGGUGAUACAUUUGCCAGCAUUGCACUACGGUUACCAUGGACAGCACAUCAAAAGAACCUCCGCCUUCAUGCGAGCCCUCCAGAGGCAAACAUAAGUCUCGUGGAACUUCUGGAUGAUUCAGAAGUGACUUCAGAUGAAGAGAAUUGCCUGACACAGGAUGAAAUCCAGGCAUUUUUAGAAAGAAACCAGUCCUUCUACAACAACCGCCACCAGUACCGACAGCUCCUGAAAGAGAAAUUCACCAACUACUGCCGUGCCACUGAGCGGAGUAAACCAGUCUGUGGAAAGUGGUUUGCCACCACCAGUGUCAACUAACUGCAUUAAUAACAUCUUCCCCUGCGGAAAACACUUUGUGACCACUACUGCAACAUCUUUAGAUAAUUCUGAAGUACAUUUGGUGUCUUGUUCAGUCGUUUCUCCUUUAAAGUAAAUGUGAUUCUUAAGUUCUGUUGAUCAUCUCUCUCUUUUGCACUUAUACACCAACACACUUUUCCAUCUCGUUUCGUGGCCACUUUCUCACCUGUAAUUGUUCUCUUUGACCAAGCCUAGCUAUUUGUUGUUGGUCUUCUGUAGGGUCAUUGGGUAAGAGCACAGUGGAAUCAGUAAUCAAGCUUUGCAAGCUGUGACAUUAGGGAUACAUUUAGGAGUCUUAUUUUGUGUUUUCUUUUUUAAUCUUUUUUUGUUUCUAUUUUGUUUCUCUUUGGUGACACUUCAGUGUAGUGGUAAAGGUUGUACCAUUAAAUGUGUACAGAAAUUCUAAAGAUAAAGAUUUUACAGAGAAUAAACAUCCAUUUGUAAUAAGGAUUUGGGUGUCAUGUUAAGAGCGCAAUGUGCAAAAUUUACUAAAUAAAGAAUAUUUAUUAAUAUGCAUUAUA